GUGUGACCUAACGGGGAAGGACGGCCGUGUUCCUCCGCCUCAGGAUCAGUGCGCUGCUCUGCUUCCACCACCGAACACCGCAUCUGUGAGAAUAAACCCCGACGAAAACACAUCAGGUAGCAGGAUGUCUCGGGAACAGGAGGCAGUGGCUCGUGCCAGGAAAGCCUUUCAGACAGGCAGAUCUAAACCUAUUGAGUACCGCAUCCAGCAGCUGAAGAACCUGCAGAGGAUGUUCACUGAGAGACAAAAAGUCAUCUCAGACGCCAUGAAGAAAGACCUCAACAAGAGUGAGGUGGGGACCCAGCUCUAUGAGACCAUGGGUCUGGAGGGGGAGAUCAACCUGGCCCUUAAGAAGGUGAAGGAGUGGGCGGCUCCUCGGCCUGUGGAGAAGAACCUGCUGACCCUCUCUGACACCGUCUACAUCCAGCCGGAGCCGCUGGGGGUGGUGCUCAUCAUUGGGGCGUGGAACUACCCCUGGGCCGUCACUAUCCAGCCGCUCAUUGGCGCCAUCGCUGCUGGAAAUGCAGCUGUGGUGAAACCGUCUGAGGUCUGUGUUCACACUGCAAAGGUUAUGGAGAGUCUGCUGCCUUUGUAUAUCGACAAAGAGCUUUACCCAGUGGUGACCGGAGGCAUCCCAGAGACCCAGGAGCUCCUGCGGCAGCGUUUCGAUCAUAUCUUUUACACUGGAAACAGUGCGGUGGGCAAGGUGAUUAUGGAGGCCGCUGCCAAACACCUGACCCCCGUCACCCUGGAGCUGGGUGGCAAAAGUCCCUGCUACAUUGACAAGAACUGUGACAUAAGCAUCGCCUGCAGGCGUGUAGCCUGGGGAAAGUACACAAACUGUGGUCAGACCUGCAUUGCUCCUGACUACAUCCUGUGUGAUCCCAGCAUCCAGGACCGGGUCAUUGCAGAGGUCAAGAAGUCCAUUCAGGACUUCUACACAGACAACCCAAAGACCUGUCCCGACUACGGACGCAUCAUCAACCAGCGACACUUUAAGAGGAUAAUGGCCCUGAUGGAAGACAGCACCAUAGCUGUAGGCGGAGACAACGAUGAGUCCGACUGCUACAUAGCUCCCACAGUACUGCGAGAUGUGAAGCCAGAGGCGAAGGUGAUGCAGGAGGAGAUAUUCGGACCCCUGCUUCCCAUCAUACCUAUCAGCAGCCUGGAUGAAGCCAUCAAGUUUAUCAACAAAGGAGAAAAACCUCUGGCUCUUUAUGUCUUCACACCAGAUGACAAGAUAAUUAACAAAAUGAAAAAUGAGACGUCCAGUGGAGGACUUUUGGCCAACGACUGUCUGGUCCACUACUCUGUCAGCUCCCUGCCUUUUGGAGGAGUGGGUAACAGUGGUAUGGGUUGUUACCACGGCAGGUUUAGCUUCGACCAGCUCAGCCACCUCCGUAGUUGCCUCAUCAAACAGCUGAAGAUGGAGGGGGUGAACAACAUGCGCUACCCCCCUCACACACCUAAGAAACUGGGCUGGGCGCGGUUCUUCAUCCUGAACAGCGUGGACUUGGGCUGGGCGGGCCGCAUGGCGCUGUUAGCCGUCCUGGCUGUGGUGGCUGCCGUUGUCAUUCAGAAUUAUCUUCUUUGAAGAUGUCAAGAGAAGAUGUAAAGUUCAGACUGAAGCUUAGGCAAGAUCAUCUCAUCAGCAAAGUUUUGUAUAAA